UAAACAUUAAUAUUGUUAAUAAUUAUCACAUCAGAGUACUGUGUUCAUUUUGUAUUUAAAUUUAUCAAUUAUUGUGUAAAUUGUUUUGUUAGACCUUAGUGCCUUUAUCGGAUUAGUAUGGCACAAAAUGACCAUGUAAACGAUGAUAAAAAUGAUGACUUUCCAAGUUGGCUUGCUGAAAUUACAAAAGAUAUGAAAGAAACACAUAUUAUACAAAAAGAUAAUGACACUGUUUCGUAUAGACAAUCCAAUGGGAUUACUGAUUUCAAUAGUGAAGAUACAAGGCUUACUCGUCGGACUUCUUUAGACAUGAGCCUUCUUUUGAAAUCGGAAACGAAGCCCUUAGCACACUCAGCAGGAACAACGCGGUAUAGUCAUAAAAAUGGCCUGGUUCAAAAUGGACGUGGAAGGAAUAGCAAUAACUUGGUGUUUGAGGACACUCCACGCGGCAUCAGUAAUGACUUUCUAUCAGAUCUAUUGCCGCAUUAUGUGACGCCGCGGCACAGGAAAUUGAACAAUGUUUUGGACAAUGACUUUAACGAUGUUAUUGUGGGGGCAAAGAACACAAAUGGACGAUCGAGAUUAACAAAAUAUACAUAUGACCAAAGAGCGACACAGCGACUUCGUAAGUCAACACCUAAAGUCAACGUAUCCAAUUCUGUGGGCUCCAUGUCUAAGAAUACAACCGAGAAACACAAAACCGAAUUUAUUAUUCCUGAAUUGCCAGAAGGAAGACUAUUGGAAGUUAAGAUUUAUUCGAAUUGGGGUGACAAGUAUACUGUUGGAAUGAAUGGUAUUGAAAUGUUCGAUUCAGAUGGAAAAUACGUCCAUGUUGAAAAGGUUUGGACAGAUUCUUACAGCGGAGAUCAUUCAAAGAACGGUCGCUUGGAGAAUCUAAUAGAUGGCGUUGUGCGCACCAAAGACGACCGGCACACGUGGAGCGCGCCGGCGCCGCAGGGCGUGCCCAUCGCGCUCAGUUUGUUGUUGGUCAAAUGUACCAAGCUAGCGCUGCUUAGGAUUUGGAACUACAACAAGUCACGCAUCUAUUCACAUCGUGGUGUUCGCCUAGUUCAAAUUAAACUGGAUGAUCAGAUAAUAUUUCACGGCGAGAUUGCACGAGCUAACGGGGAAGUCAAAGGACUACUGCCUAGUUUUGGAGAUACAAUAUUAUUUACAAAAAAUGGCAGCAUUCUGGAAUUGAUUCUGGCUAACGAUAAGAAUUUCCAACUGCUACUGAAAGACAAUGAACCAUUGAGCGAAGUUAGUUUGGUCGGUAAACGACCGCCCACAGCCAAUGAUUGCGUGAAAAAUGGACGCACAAACGACAUUGUAGAAUACAAAAGAACAUGCGAUACGAAAUAUGUUGCCAAAGAGCUAAAGUUGACUCUCAUGUCAAAUUGGGGACAGAAAUAUUUGAUUGGACUUACAGGAGUAGAAGUGGUGUGCAACAACGAUCAGAUCCCCAUUCCCCGCGGCACCGCUUACACCACUUACAUCAGUGACGAGUCCAGUAAGCUGGAGCACGGAUACAUCGAGUGCGGCAGCCUGUUCAACGGACGCAAUAUCUCCACAGACUUCAACGACAUGUGGUGCACCAAUUUCACGCCGGGAGCCAAGUUCCUGCACGUUGUUAUAGAGCUGGAGGAGCCGACUGAAAUUACUGGUAUUCGGAUAUGGAACUACAACGCCAGUAUGGAACUGUCGUACAUCGGUGCCAAGCACAUGCGGGUGUCUCUGGAUGGUGCCGCACUGAACAGCAGGCCGCUACUUCUGCGUCGCGCGCCGGGGGACACCUGCUACGACUAUCUGCAGGCCAUCGACCUGUCUGCCAUCGAUGACAGGUUGAGCAACAUGGAGUCGUUCCCAGAGAUGGUGACGUCGUACGAGAGCGGGGAGAGCCUCGCGGCGCCGACCGGGUUUGUGCUGCAGAUGAAGAUAUUCUCGACCUGGGGUGACCCCUACUAUGUAGGCCUAACUGGGGUGGAACUCUACGAUCCACAUGGAAACCUGAUAUCUAUGACUGAGACCAAUGUGUGUGCCCAACCAGCUAGCGUGAACGUCCUGAACACCCGCGCUCGCGACGUGCGCACUCCGUCCAAGCUGAUCGAUGGCCACAACGAGAGCGCUGGAGACGCCGCGCACUCGUGGCUCGCGCCAAUCCUACCCGACACACUCAACAGGGUAUUCUUUGUGUUUGAUGCACCGAUAUCAGUUUUUGGUAUGAAAAUUUGGAAUUACGGCAAGACUCCCACGAGAGGGGUCAAGGAAUUCGAUAUACAUGGAUGAUUUACUAAUUUACAACGGAAACCUUGAUAUAGCUAAAGGAGACAAACUCACUUACCAGUGGAUCUGCUUUCAAGAUCUUAAUCUGGAAAAUAUUACACCAAGCCCUUCGGAUGGUAGUCAGCGGACAACUACAAGCGGUUCCUCGCAGUCUGUGGACCCGAGCGAGCGGCCCUUCACUAGUGUUCAUUCUAUUCGGAAAAACUACAGUAACGCGUCCAAACAUUGAUAUAACUGAUAAUUGUAUUGUGAUCGGUGCUCAUGUUAAAUUUAUUAUUGGGUUGGGAGUUGACUUCAAAUGUAUUAUGAAAUACCUAAUUAUAAGUUUAUUCAUAUUUUGAAAUUUUCACAUUUUCUUUACGGUUUACGUCAAUAAUGGUGUUAAGUAACUGCCUUAUUCAAAGGUAUUAUUAUACCUUACCUAUAUUAGUUAAAACACGUUUUAAACCUAUGGAACAUUCGAUUAAAUCCUUUAUUCAUACCCAAUCGCUUGUUAAACCUCCGGGAACUAAUAUUUGUCGUGUACAAUGUUAACGAAAACGAGGUUUUUGUCGUUGGAAGUAGAUAAUUCACAAUAUAAAAAAGUUGGGAGACAGAUAAAUUGUCAAAAAUUUAAACAAUGCAAAUAAUUUCAAAUUUUCCCGGAAAAUCUUUCAUUAUAUAAUGCUGGGGCUACAUAGGGGUAUUAUCGAUGAUGUUAUAAACGCGUUAAAGCAGGAGCAAAUGGAUUGAAGUCGAUAAGUUUUUAUUUAUCAAAUUUCAUCCAACGAUUAAUUUUUAUCGCUUCGAUUUGAUUAUUGUUAUGCAUUAAGCCAUAUGUGACCCCAGCUUAUUAUCAUGUACUGACUAAGAUCAAAGAUUAUUUAAAAUAGUAGAACUGUGCUAAGAUCGAAAAUCAAACGUCAAAUACGAAACAGCUCACCGAUGUCGGCCAUUUUUUUUCUAUCGAGGAGGAUGCACGGGCCCUAAGUCAUCCUAAGGAGGACUGUGGCUCCGUGCUUCUGUAACACAGAUACUUUUAGUUAUUGUUCCGUAACUCUUAAGACACAUCAACUUUUUCGCGAUGCCAUUGUGAAUACCAUUUUUAACAAGCGUAUUUUAACGACGUUUUAAACCUCCGAUUAGUAAUUAUCAAUAAGAUCAUUAUUAAGUAUCCGUAUAAUUGACAAGGUAACAUGUUCAUAAAACUAUAUUGAAAAAUUCUCAUUUUAUUUUAUUGUUGCGUAAGUGCCUAUUUAAUAAUAAAAAAUGCAAUCAGCCCUCAAUUAGUUAGGUAGUCCAUAAAUUAAUUAAUAAAACCUCAAUCAAUGUUUUCAACGAGAAAGCGCUGUAGUAAUAAUAAUUUCACCCAUUAGAUGCGCCAAAUAGUUUAGACUGUUUAAUUAUCUGGAGACGCUUGGUGUACAGUUUGCAUAAAACGAAAUGUGUUGUCAAGAAUAUGUUGUAAUGAUUCAGCUUGUAAUGAUGAUUAUACUGUGGUAAUACUAUUGUAGCAAUUAAAUUAUUUUUCUGA